AUGGCUACUGACGUGGAUCUACCAAAAAGGCAAAUUACACCCGUACCCAUUCCUGUUCUUCCAGUCUCCGUUCCCCAGAAACGACCUCUCGAAGAUGACUACGCGCCCCCCGUUUCCUCCCCUCUUAAUCCUAACCCCGAUCUAAAACCUAAUAAGUCCCAGUCGCAUGACGACGUACCCGCCAUGGCGCGUGAGAAACCUCCCAGAAAUAAAAAAGAUACCCUGAAGAAGCGAGAGUCCAAAGUUGGAGCAGGUGUCGAUAGCUCCAGAGCUACACCUGAUCCUAAGAUCAAGGAACUCCCUCCGAAUGAAUCUUCGCCUUUGCGUUACAAAUUAGCACCUCCACGGCCUUCCGAUUUUGAAACCGCCCGAGGUCCAGUCUUUACUCCCCAUCACGAAGUUCCCGCCCCGGAUGGUUCUACCAUUCAAUUUUACGAGACCUCCGAACAUGUUUUCAACAAGAAGAGCUUCCAUUACCUACACUGCAUAGCCGAUCCAGCUUUCCCUUCCUCGUUCUACUACCGACAGACCGAACCCGAACCUUACGGCGCCCAUAUCAGCUUCGAAGAUGCUGCUACGCACAUGUACAUGGACCAAUUGGGGCGGCACAUAACGACAGACAAGGGAUUUAGGACGGCUAGAGCAAAUGUUGCCGUACGCCAGGGCCGUUGGUACUGGGAAUGCAAGAUUACGAGAGGUACUAUCAAGAGUAACGCGGAUGGAAGCGUCGAAUCGCAUGGCCACGUGCGUAUAGGAUUCGCGAGACGAGAAGCUUCGUUAGACGCGCCGGUCGGUUUCGACGCCUACAGCUACGGUAUCAGAGACGUGCAGGGCCAGAAGGUUCAUAUGUCACGACCCAAAGACUUCUUCCCACCCGGCGAAGAUAUUAAGGAGGGUGACGUGAUCGGACUCGAGAUCCAGUUGCCGUCAGAGCAUCUUCAUAGAAAGGUCGUGCAAGGCCAAUAUAACCCGGCCGUAGACUUACUCGACGAGGAUGACCCGAUUAUGGAGGCGGCUAAUAUCGUCCGAGACCGAAUACCCAUCCGCUUUAAGCAACACAUCUACUUGGAGAAAAUUGACUACCACACGACCAAGGAGCUCGAGGACCUCAUGAACCCGUCGCCUGCAGGACCCUCGGGUAGUAUCGGUAGCAGACCUCCCGAUAGACCUAACCCAAACCACCAGGUCCCGGCUCUACGUACGCUGCCUAAAUCCUGCAUCCGCGUAUACAAGAACGGCGUGCUCAUAGGCACCCCCUUCACUGACUUGCUCGCCUUCCUACCUCCGGCUUCCAAGCCUCAGGUCCAGGUUGGUGCCCGCGAGGGCAUGGACGACGGCAUGGCAGGGUACUAUCCCGCAGUCAGCGUGUUCCGAGGCGGUGCCGCCGAAGUCAACUUCGGCCCGCAGUUCUGGUAUCCGCCUCCUGAGUUCCUCGAUUCCGACGGGGAUGGGGACGUGGACAUGGUAGACGCGGACACCGUUACGGUAGCAGUUCCCUCAGCGCCGUCGAAAGGAUCCCUGGAUAAGAUCCGGCCUGUAGCAGAGCGCUACGACGAGCAGAUCGUCGAGGACGUAGUCGCGGAUAUAGUGGACGAAGUCGACUUCUGGAUGCGGGACGGCGCCCGCGUUAUCGACCGUACUGGAGGUAGAGAUGCCAAGGCCGAGACUACGGCGGGGAUUGCCCCCGGAAGAGAGGAGAUCAAGGAGCUCGUCCAGGACGACUAG